GUCAGGCACCUGGGACAAGUUAGUUCCCAGCUCUGCUCUGGGAAGUGAGCCCAAGCCACCAGCAUCCAGGAGAUACAGGUGGGAACUGGGAUGGCAAAGCGCCCACCUGAUGCCAGGAUUAGCGGACGGAGAGGAGCGGGCACAGAAAGCCAGGAGGGCCUGACAUCCGGCCGGCUGACCAUGGACUCCCAGAGUAUCUGGCACAGUUCCCUGGGGACCAUCUUGCUCUUGGCCUGGCUGAGUGUUGGCUGGGGCAUCGGCAGCACUCAGGGGACAGCCAGCAGGACCCUGGUGUUCGGCCUGGAGCCUCAGCCCCGCCAUCGGCGCCAGCCGGGCCGUGGGGAAUGGACACCAUGGGGAGGCUGGAGCGCCUGCUCCAGUACGUGUGGGGAUGGUGCCUCCUUUCGCACCAGGAAAUGCAUCCGGUUCCCUGAAGAGGAGCUGUGUGCGGGGGAGCCCCGGCAGUACCGAGUGUGCAAGCUACACGAGUGUCCUGGCAGCUCGGUGCCCUUCCGGGCCGUGCAGUGCUCUCUGUAUGACGGCAAGCCCAUCCCGGGGACCCAGGCGAGGUACCAGUGGGUUCCUUUUCAUGGAGCACCCAACCUCUGUGACCUGAACUGCCUGGCGGUGGGAUACAAUUUCUACUACACCUUCGGCCGAGUGCUGGACGGGACCCGCUGCAGCCUGGACUCUCCUGAUCUCUGCAUCAGCGGCCAGUGCUUGACAGCAGGCUGUGACGGGAUCCUGGGCUCCAGCUCUCGGAGCGACGCCUGCGGCCUGUGCGAUGGCAGGAACGACUCAUGCCUCUUCGUGCAGAGGGUGUUCCGGGCCGCGCUCCCCUCCUCCGGUUUCUUUGGGUACAAGAACGUGACGAGGAUCCCAGCAGGGGCAAUGCACAUCAAGGUCACCGACCGCAGCCGCAACUACCUAGCACUGAUGAACGGGGAGCAGAGGUACGUGAUCAACGGGGACUGGGCCAUCGACUGGCCGGGCGCGUACGAGGUGGCAGGCACCACGGUGCACUAUGCCCGGGACCCGGACAAUCACGAGACCCUCGAGGCAGCCGGGCCGACAGAGGAGGAUCUGCACAUCAUGGUCCUGUUCCAGGAGCCGAACCCGGGCAUUGAGUACGAGUACUGGCUACCCAGAGAGCAGCACGGGCACCUCCAGAGCGACUCCAGCCCCCUGCGACAGCCUCAUCCCAGAGGGAUCAACCUGGACCCACCCAGCGUGCCCCAGCCUGGGCCUUGGACCACACUGGUGCCCCCCACUCACCUCAGCAUCAGGGACACAACCACGGAGAGGUCCUGGCAGGGACCCACAGACACAGCUCAAACAGGAAGCUGCGGCAGGUGUCAGACGCCCAAGGGAAAGUCCCAGCGCAUCCGCCACUACUGCCAGAGUGACUUUGUGUUCCGGGCCCGGAUCCUGGCCAAGAGGCCGAUCGGGCAGGAGAUGCGCUACGACGUGCAGGUGAAGCACACCUACCGCAACCGCUUCCCCCUGGUGCACCGGGAGUACGUGUGGGUCUCCAACGCCUGCGACUGCCCCCAGCUGCUGGAGCGCCGCGAGUACCUGCUUAUGGCCCGGCGGCAUGUCAACUACGAGCAUACGCUCAACCGCAUCCUGCUGCAGCGCGGCAGCUACGCCCGGCCCUGGUCACCCCGCGAGGACAAGCUGCUGCGGGACAUCACUGGGCACUGCACCCGGGGCAGGCCGACAUGACCGGA